AACACCUGGCCGUCUUCAUUCAACCUCACUACCCGAGCUGAGCUGACCUGCUACUAACAACUUCCACUCUUCCGCCGCCUUUUCGAGUGAUUCAAACCCAACCUCAUCAUGGUGUCAAUGGGACGACAGAUGCUGGGCUUUGCCCUGGGCAUCAUUGGCUUCCUGGGGACCAUCAUUGUGUGCGCCAUGCCCAUGUGGAAGGUGACAGCCUUCAUCGGAGCCAACAUUGUGACGGCGCAGGUCAUCUGGGAGGGCCUGUGGAUGAACUGCGUGACGCAGAGCACGGGCCAGAUGCAGUGUAAGAUCUACGACUCCCUGCUGGCUCUGCCCCAGGACCUCCAGGCGGCCAGGGCCCUCGUGGUCAUCUCCAUCAUCGUCGCCGCUAUGGCGGUCAUCCUGGGAGUUGUCGGAGGCAAGUGCACCAACUUCGUGAGCGACGAAAGCUCCAAAGCCAAGGUGGCCAUCGCCUCUGGAAUCAUUUUCAUUUGCGCCGGCGUUCUGAUCCUCGUCCCCGUCUGCUGGUCGGCCAACACCAUCAUCAGGGAUUUCUACAACCCCAUCCUGACCAACCCCCAGAGGAGGGAGCUGGGAGCCGCGCUCUACAUCGGCUGGGGCACAGCCGGGGUUCUACUGCUGGGUGGGGCCCUGCUCUGCAGCUCCUGUCCACGCAAAGACAGCCCCGAGUACCCAGUCAAGUACGCCCCCGCCAGGUCCACAGCCACCAGCCGAGAAUAUGUCUGAGACUUCCGUCCUCCUGAAAAAUAUUUUACCUUUUUUGUAAUGAGUUAUCGUCCAUUGUUGUGAAUUUCUGACAGCACCACAAAGUCUCUUUCUUGAGCGAGGGAGAUUUUGGGAGAGAUUGUGGUUUCUUUGAGGCAAGUGUUGAGAAAGUGUUUCUGGCUGAACAGGAAACUCAAUACAAGCUCUCCCAGCAGCAUGCUGACUGGACAGAAUUGGAGAGCUGUUAUUUAUAACGCUUGUAUCAAACUUUUGUCUUCUUUGUAAAUGCAAUUUGAAGCUGUGCCAAUACAAUGUUAAUGGUAAAUGAGAACUUUGAUAGGCGGAAGCUUGUGCAGUAUCUCUUGAUAUAUUAUGGAUGUAUGUAUAAAAUAUGAUACACAUAUCUUUGCUCUGUAAUAUCUAAGCUGUUUAUAUUUAAUAAACAUGUAUUAAGUGACA